AUACUAGAAAGUUUCCCUACUUUCCUCUCGUGCUUAGUGAAUUAAUCCUCUCCUUCUCCCACUCUCUCUCUCUCUCUCUCCUCUAUAUCUCACUUUCUCUCUCAUACCUCUCCGGUCACAGUAGGGCUUCUUCUCCGACACUUCCGAACACGUUUCGCACCGCUGCGCUCAUUUUCGCCGGCAGUAUUCUAUCUCAAGCCACCGGAGGGUUAGAGAGAGUUUCUACAGGGUCCAAUAAGAUCCAGAGCGGUGAUAAUCGACGAAGCGAAUAUUGGACAGGGGAGAAAGCGGAGGUUAGGUCUUUGUUUUCUCGUGGUAUCAUUUUGAUGCGUUGGUCGGAAUUCGAAUCCGCCAGGGUUAGAGUUUGGGUUGGACCCGUGAGAUGGCUAAUCCCGGAGCCGGGACCAAGUUCGUGUCUGUGAAUCUGAACAAGUCGUAUGGACAGCCUUCACAUCAUCAUCAUCACCAUCCACACAAUGCUAACUCAUACGGAUCGAAUCGGCUUAGAGCCGGUGGCCACGUCACUGGGGGUGGCGGAGGAGGAGGUGGAAUGGUGGUCCUUUCAAGGCCUCGGAGUUCGCAGAAGGCUGGGCCGAAGCUUUCUGUUCCACCCCCCUUGAACCUUCCUUCAUUGCGCAAGGAACAUGAGAAAUUUGAUUCUUUGGGCUCUGGUGGUGGGCCAGCUGGUGGAGGGGUUUCCGGAGGUGGGGCAAGGCCAUCUUCGUCUGGUAUGGGAUGGACAAAGCCUGGUGCAAUUGCUUUGCAGGAGAAAGAGGUUCUUGGUGAUCAAGGUGCUGAUGGUACUGGCAAGGUUUUCAAUGGUUCUGAUGUGGCAGUGAAGGGUAGUAGUGUUUAUAUGCCUCCGUCAGCUCGAUCGGGAACAGUCGGUUCAUCCGCUCCAACUUCUUCUUCAGCAUUUCCACCGUUGGAGAAAGCCUCGGUGUUGAGGGGUGAGGAUUUCCCUUCUUUGAAGGCUGCAUUGCCUUCUGCAUCUGGGAAUGGGCAGAGGCAAAAGGAUGGUUUGAAUCAAAAGCAGAAACAGGUACAUGGUGAUGAGUCUCAUGAUGAGCAGAGGAAUGGUUCUCGUUUGAGUACUCCUGUUGACAUGCGCCCUCAGUUGCAUUCAUCUCGUCUUAGUAGUGGCAAUGGAAUGAAUGGUAAUGUGGGGACCAAUGGUUUAGGUGGUUCUCAGUCAAGUGAACCCGUUCGGAAGCAGGAAGAGUAUUUCCCAGGUCCAUUUCCGCUAGUCCGAGUGAGCCCUAGAUCGGAUUGGGCUGAUGAUGAGCGUGAUACCAGUCACGGUCUUACUGACAGGGGCAGAGACCAUGGGUUUUCGAAGAGUGAAGCUUACUGGGACAGAGAUUUUGAUAUGCCCAGAGUAAGUGUUUUACCUCACAAACCAGUCCAUAAUACUUCUGAGAGGUGGGCUCAGCGUGACGAUGAAACUGGAAAAGUUACUUCCAGUGAAGUCCCUAAAGGAGACCCAUAUGUCAGAGAUGUAAGAGCGCCUAGUAGAGAAGGGCGGGAAGGGAACUCAUGGAGAAGUCCAGUAAUUCCAAAAGAUGGUUCUAGUGCUGCAGAAGUUGGUGCAAGGCAGUCUAAUCUGAAUGGAGAAAUGCAUAAAGAAAAUAAAUAUGCUCCAUCACAUUUUCGAGAAAAUGCUCACGGUGAUUUUGGGAGGAGGGAAGUAGGGUAUGGACAGGGAGGAAAACAGUCAUGGCACAAUACUGUAGACUCACAUGGAACCCGAGGAGCUGACCGAAAUACACGCUAUGGAAGUGAGCAACACAGCAGAUACAGAGAUAGUUCUUUACAGAAUAAUUCAAUGACCAAAUCGUCAUAUUCUUCGGGUGGUGGCAGAGGGAUGCAUGUCAAUGAUCCAAUACUCAACUUUGGCAAAGAGAAGCGUUUUCUUGCAAAGACUGAAAAACCUUAUGCAGAGGAUCCUUUCAUGAAAGAUUUUGGAACAGGUUUUGAUGGUCGUGAUCCCUUUUCUGGGGGUCUUCUAGGAGUGGUCAAGAGAAAAAAAGAUGCAGUCAAGCAGACUGACUUUCAUGAUCCUGUUAGAGAAUCUUUUGAGGCUGAACUUGAAAGAGUUCAAAAAAUGCAAGAACAAGAGCGGCGUCGGAUCAUUGAAGAACAUGAAAGAGCUUUGGAACUAGCUCGAAGAGAAGAAGAGGAAAGAACAAGGAUGGCCAGGGAACAAGAAGAUAGACAGAGGAAAUUGGAAGAAGAAGCUAGAGAAGCAGCAUGGAGAGCAGAACAGGAGCGGAUGGAAGCCAUGCAAAAAGCUGAAGAGCUGAGAAUAGCUAGGGAGGAGGAGAAACGAAGGAUGUUUAUGGAAGAAGAAAGAAGAAAACAUGCUGCUAAGCAAAAGCUUUUAGAAUUGGAGGAAAAGAUUGCGAAGAGGCAAGCUGAAACAACACAGCCAGGAAGUAGCUCUUCAGCCCUUGCAGAUGAGAAAUUGGCUAUGUUAGAGAAAGAAAAAGAUGCCUCCAGGGCAGCGGAGGUCAGUGACUGGGAAGAUGGGGAAAGAAUGGUGGAGAGGAUCACAACUUCAGCAUCCUCUGAUUCGUCUAGUUUGAACAGGCACUCAGAGAUGGGCUCUAGAUCUCAGUUUACUAGAGAUAGCUCUGCUGCUUUUAUUGACAGAGGAAAGCCAGUUAAUUCAUGGAGAAGGGAUGCAUACGAUAAUGGAAACAGCUCGACCUUACAUGUACAGGAUCAGGACAUUGGUCAUCAUAGUCCUAGACGCGAUGCAUCUAUUAGUGGGAGAUCAUUUCCUAGGAAGGAGUUCUACGGAGGUGCAGGGGUUUUGCCUUCAAGAUCUUAUCAAAAAGGAGGAAUUUCAGAACCUCCUAUGGAUGAUUUCAUUUUUAAUAAUCUAAAAGGGCAGAGGUGGAAUCUUUCUGGGGAUGGAGAUCAGUACAGCAGAAACACAGAGAUUGACUCUGAAAUCAAUGAUCAUCUUGUUGAGAAAUUUGAUGUGGGCUGGGGACAGGGCCGUCCCCGUGGUAACUCUUAUUCUCAAUAUCCGGAUCGACUAUACCCAAACUCUGAUGCAGACAUGCCUUAUUCUUUUGGGAGGUCACGCUACUCUAUGAGGCAGCCACGUGUUCUCCCCCCUCCAUCAAUAGCUUCUAUGCACAAAACCUCCUACCGGAGCGAGAUUGAACAACGUCCUGGCCCUUCAGCUUUUUUAGAUAGUGAGAGGCAGUAUAAUCAUGUAGUAAGAAAUGAACCUACCAUGCCAACAUCAUAUGACAGUAGUCAUCGGCAGAGUCUUGGACAGCGUGAUAUAAUUGAUGUCCAGCAAGAAAAUGAGCAGAAACUGGAUGGUAAAACCACACCAAGGUGCGAUUCACAAUCCUCACUUUCAGUUUCAAGCCCCCCCAGUUCUCCAACUCAUCUCACAAAUGAUGACUUGGAUGACUCUGGAGAAUCUUCAUUAUUAUCUGCUGAAGGAGAUCGCAAAGAUGUUUCUUUGUCAGGGCAGGAGAAUGAACCAGUUUGUUUACCUUCAAAUGUUGGGGAGGAGAAUAUGACUGCUGCUAGCUGUGCAUCUGUGGGUGAUGAUGAAGAAUGGGCUGUUGACAACAAUGAACAGCUGCAAGAGCAAGAAGAAUAUGACGAGGAUGAGGACAGAUACCAGGAAGAAGAUGAGGUGCAUGAGGGAGAUGAGGAAAAUAUUGACGUGCACCAUGAGUUUGAAAAUAUGCAUUUGGAGGAGAAAGGGUCACCUGAUAUGAACAACUUGGUUUUAGGAUUUAAUGAGGGUGUUGAAGUUGGGAUGCCAAAUGAUGAUCUUGGAAGAAAUGCUAAAAAUGAUGAAACUACAUUUGUUGAUCCUCUGCCUUCAUCUAGCUCUGUUGAGGAUGGUUGUCCUCGAGUAUCUAGUGAAAGUGAGGUGCAAGAUUUGGUUGUUCAACACAGUAAUGCUCCUCAUACAACACAAGAAUCCAAACACGUGGAUGCUCCUGGCAGUUCUGGUGUAUAUUCUCCCCAUCCAGUCAUGUCUUCAGCUAGCGUUGCCUCACAUUCUUCCAAUCAGGCUGUUACAUCUAGCAUGCCUGCUGUUCAAAAUCAGGCUGAGGUACCACUUAAGCUUCAAUUUGGGCUUUUUUCUGGUCCAUCCUUGAUACCUUCUCCAGUCCCAGCAAUACAGAUCGGUUCUAUACAGAUGCCUCUUCAUCUGCAUCCUCAAGUUGGCUCUUCUCUCAGUCAUAUGCAUCCAUCACAGCCUCCUCUCUUCCAGUUUGGGCAGUUGAGGUAUUCAUCUCCUAUUUCUCAAGGGGUUUUGCCGUUGGCUGCUCACUCAAUGUCUUUUGUUCAGCCGAAUGUUCCAUCUGGUUUCUCUUUCAAUCAGACUCCAGGAGGUUCACUGCCUAUUCAGUCUGGUCAAGACUCCUCUCAGAGCCUCACAAAAAAUGAUAGUUCAUCCCUUCCAGCUGAUAACCAAUCUGGUAUUAAUUCAGGGCAUAUGGAUGUUUCUCAAGGAAGUUUGAGAAAGGAUGGUUUGGUACCUGCCAGGGAAGAUGCUGAAAUCUCUAGUAUGGUGCAAUGUGGCCGAUCAGAGCUGUCUCACAUUGGUGGUGAAGGGCACCAAAAUUUGGUUGUGAAAAACUACAAUGCUAUGCCUUUUACCCAAGAAUCAGAGGGGCAGCCUCAGACAAUCUCAAAAGAAAAAGGUCCAAAUGGGCCUAAGGUCCAUGGCUUGGUAUCCAGUCGCAGAGGGAAAAGAUACAUAUUUGCGGUGAAAAAUUCUGGCUCAAGAUCAUAUCCUGCCCCCGAAUCUACUCACUCUGGAGCUAGUGGAUAUCAGAGGAGGCCUCGUCAUAUUCAGCGAACUGAGUUUCGGAUACGUGAAAAGUUUGAUCAGAGACAACCUAUAGGCUUUGUUUCAUCUGAUGAUUUAGGGUCGGAUGAGAAGUCAAAUUCAAUUGGAAGGGGUAUAGUGCCUUCUGUUAGAACUGGACCAAAGAGGGUUAUUUCCUCGCAUGCAUCAAAGCAAACAUUAGAGUCGGAUUCUUCCAGCUCUGUUCCACCUGGUACACAAGUAGAUUCUGCUAGUCGAGCUGAAAGAGGAUCUGGGAAAGAAUCUUCAAUGAAAGGUCAGAACAUUCCUCAGUCCGGAGAGGGUAAGCUGAAAAGGAAUAUAUGCUCUGAAGAAGCCGUAGAUGCUCCUCUGCAGAGUGGCAUUGUGCGUGUUUUUGAGCAACCUGGUAUCGAGGCCCCAAGUGAUGAAGAUGAUUUUAUUGAAGUAAGGUCUAAAAGACAAAUGCUAAAUGAUCGACGUGAACAGAGAGAAAAGGAAUUCAAGGCUAAGUCUAGGGUUGCUAAGGUGCCACGGAGAUCUCGUCCUACUUCAAAGACUACAUCAACACCAACAAACUCAAGUAAAGUUUCUGUAUCAUCUGGUAGAGAAGCACCAAACAACAUUCGCCCUGAUUUUGCUACUGAGGGACGUGAAUUGGGAAACAGGGAAUUAUCAUCUGGUUUUAACACCACCUUAGUGUCACAGCCAUUGGCUCCUAUUGGCACUCCUGCUUUGAAAAGUGAUCCCCAGGCCAUCAGGCCAGUACAGACAAGUUCCCAGGUAUCUGGUGCAGUAAAAAAUAUUGGGUCAGGCAUGCUAUAUGACACUAAAACAAAGGUUAUGGAUAGUGUUCAAACGUCAUUGAACUCUUGGGGCAAUUCACGAAUUAAUCAACAGGUUAUGGCCCUGACGCAGACUCAACUUGAUGAAGCUAUGAAGCCUGGCCAAUUUGAUUCUCGUGCCUCUGUGGGAAAUCAAACUAGCUCAGUUAGUGACUCCAGCAUGGCUUCAUCAUCCAUUUUGACAAAAGAGAAAUUAUUUUCUUCUGCUGCUAGUCCAGUAAAUUCAUUGCUUGCUGGGGAGAAGAUUCAAUUUGGCCUGAUCUUUUCAGGUGCAGUCACAUCUCCAACAAUUCUUCAUCAUACCAGCCGUGCUGUUUCACAUGGAAUUGGGCCCCCAGGUCCAUGCCGAACAGAAGUACAGCUUUCUCACGGUCUUGGCGGAGCUGAGAACUGUGAUAUUCUCUUUGAAAAAGAUAAACACACUACGAAAUCUUGUGUGCAUCUUGAAGAUUGUGAAGCUGAAGCUGAAGCAGCUGCUUCAGCCGUUGCUGUUGCAGCAAUUACUAGUGAUGAAAUUGUUGGUAAUGGGCGGGGAACUUGCUCUGUCUCAGUUUCUGAUACAAAGAGUUUUGGAAGCACUGGAAUUGAUGGGAUGACAACAGGUGGAGCUAGUGAUUCACGAUUUACUUGCCAAUCAAGGGCGGAAGAGUCUCUUAGUGUAUCUCUUCCAGCAGAUCUAUCAGUUGAGACUCCGCCAAUUUCUUUGUGGCCUCCUUUACCAAGUCCUCAGAAUUCUUCUAGCCAAAUGCUUUCACAUUUCCCUGGUGGUCCACCUUCCCAUUUUCCCUUCUACGAGAUGAAUCCAAUGUUAGGGGGACCUGUAUUUGCUUAUGGACCACAUGAUGAAUCUGCAUGUACCACCCAGUCACAGUCCCAGAAGAGCACCGCACCAACUUCAGCACCAGUAGGGACCUGGCAGCAAUGUCAUUCUGGUGUAGAUUCAUUCUAUGGUACACCUGCUGGAUUUACUGGUCCUUUCAUUAGUCCAUCUGGGGGCAUCCCAGCGGUUCAAGGUCCACCACACAUGUUUGUUUACAAUCAUUUUGCACCAGUUGGACAGUUUGGGCAAGUUGGUUUGAGUUUCAUGGGUACUACCUAUAUACCAUCUGGAAAGCAGCCCGACUGGAAGCAUAGCCCUGCAUCUUCUGCCAUGGUGGUUGGUGAGGGAGAGAUGAAUAAUUUGAAUAUGGUUUCUGGGCAGCGCAAUCCUGCAAGCAUGCCCACUCCCAUUCAGCAUUUGGCCCCGGGGUCACCACUCCUGCCCAUGGCUUCACCGAUGGCAAUGUUUGACGUUUCUCCUUUCCAGUCCUCUGCUGACAUGUCAGUUCAGGCACGCUGGCCUCAUGUCCCUGCAUCGUCUCUGCAGUCUGUUCCUUUAUCGAUGCCAUUGCAGCAACAAACAGACACUGCACUUCCUUCUAAGCUUACCCAUGCUUCUCCUGUAGACCAAUCAUUAUCAGGCAACAGAUUCCCUGAAUCUCGAAAUACUAUGUCCUCUGACAAGAAUCGAAACUGUCCCAUGGCAACUGAUGCUUCUGUGACUCGAUUGCCGGAUGAGCUUGGUUUGGUAGACCCUUCAAGUACCACUGGUAAAGUAGUUUCAGCACACAAUGUAGCCAGUAAGGGCUCAUCUGUAAGCAUGAAUUCAGAUACUAGCAAGCCUGAUGUAUCUCAAAAUGUUAGUAGCAGUGGUAGUGGCCAGAACACUACCUCCAAUGUCAAGGCUCAACCUGCUCAGCAUAAGAGCAAUAUCUCUGGCCAGCAGUACGGUCAUUCCUCUGGCUAUAAUUAUCAUAGAGGAGGUGGAGUUUCUCAGAGAAAUAGCUCCACCGGUGAGUGGACCCAUCGAAGACAGGGUUUCCAUGGAAGGAAUCAAUCCGUGGGUGGAGAGAAGAGUUUUCAUUCUUCAAAAAUGAAGCAAAUUUAUGUGGCAAAACAGACCUCAACCGGUUCUUCGACACAGUCGUGAGAAAGUUAUUCCCUUGUGUUUUGAUGGAUUUGCUUGAGAGGUUGAAUCAUUUAUUCAUGAAUAAAAAAUUUUGGCUAUUUUUUUUUUCCUUGGGCAGCAUCUGUUGCAUUCCUUAGGUGUUUAGUUAUGAUAUUUGGGUUUUAGUGACUGGGAAAUAUAAGUAGAACCCAUAGGUAACUAUUGUGCUAGUUUUCGAAGAUGAAGGUUGUUACAACAAUCAUCCAUCUGUGAUGUUUCUUCACUCUACACCAGAUUGACGAUUGUCCAUUUGUGAAAAAACUAAAAAUAUUUGAUGUACUAAAAUAUUUAAUUGUUAACGGUAAGAGUUCAUUUUUAUUA